AUGGUUACCGUCAUGUUUUACUGUCUGGCAGCGGCCGCCGUCUUUUCGACUUUGAUUUCCACGAUUGUUAGUGGCAUGGCUUAUGCUACCUUGCUGUCUUUAUCCUCGCACACUACCGGACUCGCUCCCAUCAGCCUCGGUGCUAUCAGCUGUGUAGCAUUGAUUGGUCUGAGCAUUCUCUUGCAUAAGGAUAUUCGAGGAAAUGGUCAAUGGCCGGUCUGGAAAGUGGGAGUGUUUGGUUUAACUGGUGUAUACCUCCUCGUCGCCGAUGUAUCUUCUGCAGGGACCAUGGCGACCAACCUGGCCUCGCCUUCGGGUCUGUGGAUCGCCCGUUCGGUCUUUUGGGCUAUCUCGUUCCUGAUGCAAGGCUUGUACUAUGGAUAUCUUCUAGUGCAAUUGGCACAGAAGAAGCCCGACCCAACCUGGCCGCGGUCGUUCUCCCAGGAGCUCAAAACACUUCCCGAGAGCCCGAUCUCAAUCACUCCUCCUUCACCACACUACGACCCUCACUCCGGAGUCGCAGGAUUUGACACCAGACGAUCAUCUCUCCGCAAAUUCCCUCGACGAUCUAACCGGUACUCGGGUGGAACACUCUGUCUCCAAAACUCCGAAGAUGCCAAGAAUAACUCGUUCGAAACGAGCUCUUCAAUCUCCUCACCGGAGCCAUCGCCCACUCAAGACCACAUGCCCAACCUAUUCAAUGGAGACACUCGCCCACUCCUCCGAGGCAAAGACAGCAUCCGCAGUAUGCCCAGCCUCCGACAGGAGCCCCGAGUUCAACAAUCGCUCGACAACCUCGUCAGCCCAUCCCCAACAGCAAGCACCUUCAACCUGGAAUCUCCAUCCCAAUCAACUUUUAACUUAGCCGAGAGCCGCGAACACAAUAUCCACCCGCUCUUCCGGUCCAACAGUCCUUCACCAUCGCCCACACCCACACCGGGUACAACGGUAAAAGGCUCACCGUCUGCCGGCCAGACAAUUACCAAGAACACAUUAACGCGCAUGCGAUCCGCGCGUUCCCUGCGUGAGCAGAAUAUGCGCACCCCCUCGCCGCUACCUGAGAGUAGGCCCGAGCUCGUGCGCCAGAACUCGGGUGCCGGGUUGUGGUUGAGCUAUGUACGGCGGGGCGCUUCGCAAUACGAGAAGAGAUAUGACUUGAAUGAAUCGCCCGAGGAGAAGUGA